AGUAUCAUGAUGACGAACCUCGGGCGGCUGCUCCAAGUUCCCAUUGACUUCAGAAAGAAGUCUUCUCAGAGUAACAAAUCUGUGGCAAGCGUCAAUUCUAACUUUCAUUCAGCUACAAAGGGAACUGUUCGGCCGAAUCCAAACUUGAACGCCGAACUAGCGGCCCGACAACUGAACGCAGCAUUCCAGGGAGUAAAAAGUGAUGCAGUAGCAAUCAUAAACAUUCUGACAAGUCACAGCAAUCACCAACGGCAGAAGAUAAAACGACAUUACAAAAUUCUCUAUGUCAAAGAACUGGAGAUCGACAUUGCCAAUGAACUUGGGGGUCACUUCAGAGAUGUCGCUUUAUCGCUGCUUCAGACACCACAGGACUUCGUGGCGGAUAACAUCCACAAGACUCUCAAGACAAUUCGGCCACAGGAGUCAGUCAUGGUGGAGUUGCUCUGUGGACGAAGUAAUUCGAGAAUACGGCUAAUUAAAGAAUCAUAUUAUAAGAAAUAUGGCCGGAGCUUGGACAUGGCAGUGAAACGAGAGAUGAACAGUGAUCUGAGACGCCUCAUGAGGAUCCUUCUAACUACAGAACGAGAGGAGACUGAAGUGAAUGUAUAUCAGGCCCACAAGGAGGCUCAGAUGCUGGCCCAUGCUGGUGUGGGAAUGAGAUAUGGAACAGACGAUGCUGUUAUUGCUGAACUACUGCUCAGACGCAGUUAUUCACACCUCAGGGAGAUGUUUGCCGAGUUCCAAGCACUGAAGCAGCAUCCCAUUGAGGACAGUAUCCGUCUCGAUUUCCGGGGAGGACUUCGUGAUGGAUUGCUUGCUCUUGUAAAGGCUGUAAACGACCCUGUCGAGUUCUUCACAGACCAAAUAAGGGCUGCAUUCAGAGACCCUGAACCUAAUGAUUACCAGUUGAUUCGGCUCUUAGUAGCUAGGUCAGAGAUGGACCUUGCCAAUAUAAAAGACUGUUACGUCGAGAAGUACGAUUCAAAGCUGUGGUCCAUCAUAACAGAAGAAACCAGGGGAGAUUACAGGAGGAUACUUCUUAGGUUGCUUGGUUAUUGAAUCAGAGGAAAUUACCUGCCACAAGAAGAGAGAAUAGUUUCAUUACAUAAUAUUGUUAAGUCUUAAGAUUCUGUAACCAACUUCUCUAGGUAUGCUGAACACUACAGUCAUUAUGCAGUCUAUCCUUGUUACCUAACAGAAGGGUUCAUUAAUUUCAAUAGCAAAAAUUGUUUUAAAAUAUUUAGGCAUCUAGCAACUUCUGGCUAACAAACAACUACAGAUAAUGAAUAAGAUUAUCUCCAGACCUGUCAAAGUUUUUAUUGAAUUAGGCAGAAAAAAAACAUAUGCCAAAAAAUAAAAAUAUUAGUACUUUUAAUCAGGGUCACUUUAACCGAUGAGCAAAGUGCACAGCUUCCAUGGGCCCCCUGAUUUUAGGGGCUCCCACUGUGCAGGAACUGGUACUAUGUGCUUAAAUUUUCCAAAAGUACUCUCACUAUCAUCUUGCUGGAUGUUAUGACACAUAACUUGGUAGAUGUGUACUGAACAUCUAGGAGAAUGCACUGCCUCCAUAUUAAGGGUUCAUUAGGUCAAGCAAGCAGAGGUCUGCUUACUGCUUGCUUCUUGCUGGUUGCUUGCCUGGCAUAUUCUUCAUCCCUGAAAAUGGAGGCAAUAUGUUCCUCUGAAACGUCGAUAAACUUGUACAGACUAUAUGGUGUUGCAUCCAAAAAGACAGUACUGUCUAUAACAUAUUUCAAGGAAAGCAGUGCAGGAGUCCGAGCCAUCACAUACAGACACACAAGGUGAAGCCAACAGACAUGCUAUGGCAACUUUGCAAAAAUGUAGUUUUAUAUAAAAUAGGGAGAACAGUAUAAGGAUCUUCAUAUACAAGGAACAUUCAAAUUCAGAUUCUGAAUGAGAAGGCAUGAGAUUCCUCUUUUAUCAGUACCUCUAUGAGCUCUUAACUACAUUACACAAAGGAAAUCUUAGCAAAGCUGGGACAAGCAGAAAGAACAGGAAAUUUAAGUUAUACCUCUUAUAUUAAAAAAUACAGAAACCAAUAUGAAAAUGCUCCAAGGUUCCCAAGGUGGUGACAGUAUCAUGAGACAAAGGCAACAAAUGACUGAAACACUGGUACGGAACUACCGAACUACAAAGGGUCACUUAGUGAAAAGACCAUGAUUUUACUUCCAUGGCAUACCUGAAAAUACAUGUAAAUAAAUAUUUUGAAUUUCACAGCAUGUAUUUUCAGGGUGCUAUUUUACUUCAACUUGGACAUAUACAAGACUUGUCCCAGCAGUGAAUUUUAGAUACUUUUAUUGAUUGUCUUUUGAAUUACAAAGACUAGCAAAAUGAAAUAAUUAUGUACAUAACAUUAACAAGUCUUUAUAUUUCAUAUCUAUAUUACAAUAUUUUACAGACACUCAAGUCAGUAUGUAUAUAUUUUUCAUUCUCUACAAUAGUAGUACAAAAAUAGAACUACAGAUUAAUAGUAGUAAUGUUAACCUAUCAUCAUGAGAAAUAUGUCCAAAUAUAUUUAAUGGUAUUGCUAACAAAGUCUACAACAGUUUUUUCCUUGGUUGUACAUUUAUUUAACCCUCUGAUUGCCAAGCCUCUCCAUACAAUUACCCAACAGAAACGCCAAGGCUGUUUGGUGGUAAAUGCAGCUGUACAAGAAAAUCCAUAAAACAUUCCAGAAAUGACCAUAAACAUCAGAAACAUUUCCUGUCAAAACCAGUUCUUUCUUCUAAACAUCAAGGUGUCACAUCUGAUGUCAUCUAAAUGAGAGAACUACUAUUCUAAAUGAUUAAUGAUGAGCCAAUUUCAUCUGUGGUGGUUUUAAUUCAAGAAGAGAUCAGUUCAAAUGCCAAGACCCUUGGCCCAAAUUUCAAAAGAGGCUAAGUUGGCAAUAGCUGCUCAUCUGCUGUCUCACUCUGCUACUGGAUCUGCCUCAGUUGCAAUGUUUAAAUUCUACACACCAAAAGUCAGGGCUCAUCCUACAUGAAAGUUUGAUACAGUCAGUACAUGGCAUGCAAAGGGUUAAUAUGUCCAAUUAACACUGUGUUCAAGCUUCCUCGGGUUGUACUAGAGAAGAACAGCAAGGAUUAUAAAUGGGACCAUGUUAACCAAGAGCAAACCAGAUUACCUUUAUUUUAUUAAUAACCAAUUUAACUCUAUAUCUCUCUGAAUUUUUAAAAUAUUUUACAAAUUGGUAAUGUACACUUCACAUUACAGAGAUUGAAACAACAAAUCUUGUCAGAAUACUGAAUGAGAAUUUCUUACACAUUCAAUAGAAGAACGGAUCUGACUUCCCUUUAUAUUUUCAUUUUAUUCAUUCUGUACUGAGAAUGCAAAGAAAAAAAUGAAACCUGGAAUAUAACGCAGUAACUUCCUUAAAUCUAGUCAAAUAUGUCAAAUUCAACUCAUGCUGUUCAAGAAUGGAGAACUUACCAUAUUUACUGGUGUGCAACAUUUCAUUGCCCUUGAGAAAAUCUUCAUAACCGUUUCCUGUCUUUUAAUAUAUUACAUAAAAGGUGUAUGUAUGAAGUACUUUCCCACAUACUUGGAACAAAAUCAUACAACAUAAUCUUAUAUUCUGUGGAGAUUCUAGAUGUUAAAUCACAGAUUCAUCACGGUUUUUUCCCAGUGUGGACCACUGGUCUACACAGUAUGUAUACGACAGACUCCCCUAAUUGUACCACUUAAAAAUCUUCUCAAUACAGCUAGGAAGCAAAUGAUUACUGUUUCUAUAGGACAUAGAAACCAUACAGAACAUAUUAUUGACAAAAUUUUGAAUUUAGAACAAGUCUGAUAUAAUUAGAAGAAUUGUCUACGCAUGCUAUACUCCAAGCAUCCUGAAUUCUGAAAGUAAGUAGGCCUAACUCAUAUUUUACAUGUAAAAGUAUAGAUUACUCCUUAUUCUGUGCAAAACGCAGUGUGUAGAGUCCCUAACAAUAACCCCAGUCACUGGGCAACUUAAUAAGUCUCUCAAAAAUCACAAUCAAAACAAUCACAAUUUGAGACACAAAUAAAAUAAUAUCAUAGCACCAAUUAACUGACUAUGUUGGUGUAUGCAGAACUUACAAUUAAGUUAAGGUCUAUGCAUAUAAAAUUGUUUGAAUCUACAAUUAGACUGAAUAAUAGGAGUCAAUUAAAAUUAAUAAACAAAUGUUAAAUAUAUAAAAAUUACACUGGAACAAAAUACAGUAAACUCUUGAAUAUGCCCAUAUGGAAUGAUUCUCAAUCAAAACCAUCACAUAUUCUUGCGAAAAUAAAAAAAUCUGCAGAGGUAUCACAUUCUUCAAAUUCAUUCCUUCAGUUAUUUGAAGCGUUACUUCUAAUUAAUGUGUUUUUGGUCUCUCACUUUCCAUAUGUUCAUACUACCAUCACAUUGUACCUUAAAAGCUCUGUAAAUUAUUUUUAUACGCUUUAAAUUUGAUUCGAGUUUUGUAAUUUAGUAAUCAUACUACUGAUUCAAUGAGCACAGUUCUAUUAUGCAAAGAAAGAAUGUCAUCAAAUGCUUAAAAUAAUCUGUAAGUACUUAAGCAUCAAUCAAAAUGUCAUAAGCUCAAAAAUAUUUGUUCCUAAAUAUAUACAUCAGACACUACAGCCUUAUACAUAAUUCUAUCAACCAUUAUUCAUCUUGCCACUGAUCCACUGUAUGCUACUUAUGGCUAGCCAUAAUGAGAGGCCCAUAAUCAGACUUGACGGUCUUCAUGAGCCAGCCUUACUCCUUCUGUCAUUUACUUAUGUAUGUUCCCAAGGUCAUGUAGUUCGUGAAGGAAACCAUCAGCUCUUUGAGAUAUGAGAUGCUCACAGCAGUGACCAUGAUGAUUACUGUCUUCAGAGAUGACACAAUGUAGCUUUGCAGAUAGGCAUCAGUUUUUAGAAAAACUACUGCCUCUAUCUUUGGGCUAACAGAUUAUCCUGAAGAUGGAAGCAGCACUUUCCUCUGCAAUGUUGGAACCUAUCCACAUAAAUAGCAUCACAUCCCAGAAGACAACAUCCUCAACAAUCAUCUGUAUAUUGCACAUAUAGUCUCACGAUACAUUUUUAUAAUCUCACGAUGUAUUAUGGCCGCAUUAUGUUAACCGCUUCUAUACGAGCAGACCAAUUAGGUCAAUGGGGCAAGUCCUGAUAGGUCUAUUAUAACCCAAUUUGUCCAAUGCCUGAAGGUUAGUUUCAACUGCAUGUAAUUCAUUAUUUAUAUGGUAACUGAGCUCCAGCCCUUAACGGAAAACAGCUGCAAUAGGAUUACAAUUUAAAAAGAAAAUACCAGAAAGUAUCAACAAUCUUAAACUAGUUUAGAAAGUCAAAAUUUUUUGAUUAUCCUGAAUUUAUAAUUACAUAUUUUUUUCAUAUUUGUUUUCUUAUUCCUUGACAGUCCAACAGACUUGUAAGUUAAAUUUUUACUUAAGUCUAAAAAAUAAUUACACUAUGAAUAAACAAAAAGAAAUAAGGACUUAUAAAUGAUUAAAUUGGAUAUUAUUAAAGUUAACUGAAAUACUUCUCAAUGAAAAUUAGAGGUGAUCAAAUCAAAGACGGAACAAUAAUUUGCAGUUAUGUGAAAAGUCCCGAGAACGCAACUGUUGGUAAGUCAGGGGAUAUGUUCUAUUCAACUGUUGAUGAGAAAAAAUACCUGUUUUGAAGAAAUAACAAAAUACAGAACAUUAACAUUUGUCAUAACCUACAUUAUACCACUUCAGUUUCAUCCUCUUGUUUUAAGACCAAUCUAAGAUAGAAUAACUGAAAAUUAUUACUGUAAAAUAGAAGGAAAGUCCUAAUGUUUCAUAACAACAAAUGCAUCACCAUCAUCCCACUUAAUUAUACCUCACUGAAAUAUAAAUACUCUGUCACUGUAAAGUGCAGUCACAUCUGUGGACAAACCAGUAACACAUUAGGUUCCCUGUAAUUUUAAAAUAUAGUACAGGUUAAACAGUGGUACGUGGACAGCCAAACAAAAGACCACCGAGGGGUUCUAGGUAAAGAAAUCAAGUGAGAGAAGGUAAACAGAGCAAAGUAGAGAAAGAUAGCACAAAGUUAUAAAACGAGGGUUUAUAGGAGAAUACAGAAAAAUAGAGAAAGUUCUACCACAAGAUGUUCCAUUCUGGUUAAAACACCAAUGUAUGAUGAUCACGGGGUAUAAAAACUCUUGAAAAUCUAGUAGUCAGACAAAUGUAAAAGUCACCAGAAAAGCGUGCAUCUAUUUUGAUGCCUUGACCCCCACCCCCCCCACCCAACUUCUUUCAAAGCACUCAAAGACAAGAUAAUGGCAAAUCAAAUAUAAAUUUAUGUGACAUAAUACUCUGUCCAGAGAUUUACAGUUGUAACUGAAUGUGAACGUCACAUUUGCAAAAGCCAACUCCAGAAAACCCUGUGGGAAACUGGUCCCCCAGGCAAAAUUUUUAAGUCACAAUAAGCAAUCAGUCAACUAAGGGGGCUAUUUGGAAAGUAACCUCUGCUGAGCUGUUAACAAAGCUAAUAUGAGAAAAAAUGUAUUAUAUACAAAAAUUACAUAUAUACUUAUGCUACUUCUUGAUGUAGUCACCACUAGAAUUGAGGCACUGGCUGUAUCAGGGAACAAGCUUUUGUAUGCCUGUUUCAAAGGAGUCUGCCACCUGUGAACUCAACCACAUUGUGAAAACCUUCCAUUAACUCAUUAUUGCUGAAGCACCGUGAUCGCAACCAUUUUUUCACGUAGGUAAACAAGUGGUAGUUGCUAGAAGCAAGAUCAUGGCUGUAAGGACGGUGGUCAAACAACUCCCAGCUGAAAUGCUCCAGCACAAGUGUGAGCUGCUGCAUGCGAACAGGCAUUGUCAUGGAGGAGCACCACACCAGGUGUCAGCACUCCACACCUUUUGUUCUGAAUGGCAAUAUAGAGCUCUUCUAUUGUUUCAGAAUACAUAACAUGGCUGAGCUCACAGGCAGCAGACUUCUUUCACAGGGGCAUACAAAAACUUAGUCCCAAUACAAUAAGUGCCCCAGUUCCAGUACUGACUACAUUGAGAAGCUGCUUAUGUAUGUACAUAUUUUAUCAAACAAACAAACAAACAAACAAACUCAAACUCCGUGGUUUUAGUCCGCAA